AUGGUUACUGAGAACUGAGGUAAUUGUGUGCAUUCAGUCAUUCGUGGUUUGGAGUUAUGGGAAGCAUUGGGGAGGUUUGGGGGAGGUUGAAGCCCUACUUGGCCAUGGUGUUCUUGCAGUGUGGAUAUGCAGGCUUGUUUGUGGUCUCUGUUGCCUCGCUCAAGCGAGGGAUGAGCCACUAUGUGCUGGUCGUGUAUCGGAAUGCCGUGGCUACCAUAGUCAUUGGCCCGUUCGCCUUGUGGCUCGAAGGGAAGGUGAGGCCUAAGAUGACACUCAAAAUCUUCCUCAAGAUCAUGGCUCUUGGAAUUCUCGAGCCUGUUCUCGACCAAAAUUUGUACUACAUGGGCACAAACUUCACCUCCGCGAGCUUUGCCUCCGCUCUCUACAACAUCUUGCCGGCUAUCACAUUCGUGUUUGCCAUCAUCCUAAGAAUGGAGAAGAUACAAAUCAAAAGCCGGCGCAGCCAAUUGAAAAUCAUUGGAACUUUGAUAACAGUGGCCGGCGCACUAGUCAUGAUCCUCUACAAAGGACCAAUUGUUGAUUUUGCAUGGAGCAAAGGAAGGAACCACCACACCGAGGCCGGUGCGCACAACCAAACUCGCUGGCUCAUUGGCACAUUCAUGAUGAUCGUUAGCUGCUGCUGCUGGUCUGCAUUCUUCAUUCUCCAAUCAAAUACCUUGGAGGAGUACCCUGCAGAGCUGUCACUGACCACCUUGAUCUGUGGCAUGGGCACAGUGCUUGCAAGUGCAGUUGCUCUGGUGAUGGAAAGAGGAGCCAAGCCUUGGGCUAUUGGCUUUGACACAAUGCUCUUCACUGCUGUUUACUCUGGAGUGAUGUGCUCUGGGGUUGCAUAUUAUCUGCAAGGAGUGGUGAUGAAGGACAGGGGCCCUGUGUUUGUGACUGCCUUCAACCCUUUGUGCAUGAUCAUGGUGGCUGUGCUGGGCUCUGUCAUUUUAGCAGAAGAGAUUUCCUUGGGAAGGGUAAUUGGUGCUGUAAUUAUAGUGAUUGGCCUUUACUCUCUCAUAUGGGGGAAGAACAAAGACCACUUAACCCAAUCUGCCACUCACAUGGAGGCAAAGGAAGAGGCACCUGAACUACACAGAGCUUCAAAGGAUACACCAUCAUUGAGCUCAUUGGAGUGUGUUACAGUUGUAGGCAUUUCAUCCUCAGAGAACUCAUAAGGCAUGGAGUUCCUUCAAGCUCAAUGACUAAUAGCAACUAGAACAACUUUUGAGUUGUUCCUAUGCAACUAGUGAUUGUAUAAUUGCGUGUGUGUAUAUAUAUGUAUAUAUAUCUAAACACAUAGAUGUUAAUCAAAUAAAUUAUGAGCUUUGAGCUCUCACAAUGAAGUAUUCCAAUCUGGGACUUGUUUUAAAAUUUUAAA